AGAGAGAUGGCUCACCACGGGGGGAGGGGGCCCUAAAGAAAGUCGUCCGAUAUUAUCCUUAGGGACCGUUGGGGAGGUUGGCAACACCCAAAAACUAUUAAUGCGUACGACACCAACUCGAUCUCUAACUGUUCAUCAAUCAAUACAUCUCUCUCUCGUACUCUUUAUCAAGCACAGUCAAAUGUGAACACAGACAGCUAGCUGGUGUAAUUCACCGUUUCCGCGUUUCCAUCCCAUGCCCUUUUCAUGCAUUAAUCUUUGGUUUUGUUUUGGUUUUCUAAGCUUUUCCUCCAACAAUGCCGGCUGAUUUAUGAGUUAAAACAGUCUUGGAGUCUGCGGUGGGUCUAGACUGAGAGAAUUCCACUCCAGUGACCCGGUCAAGUUGAAGCCAAAGCUUUGUAGUUACCCACAGGGCUGUUCCUUCUUGACUUCGGACUUUAAAAGCCUUCCUUCUUUUCUUUUUUCUUUUUUUUCCUUUCCUUCUUGGCUUUUAGUUUUGGUAGAUGAACAAAUUCGGACGGAGAAAACAAUGUUGCAUUUGAAUACUAUUUGUGUCCUUUCUUUUCAAGUAUAUAUGUGCUGCUUAGGAAUUCUGAGGAAAUAAAUAGACUCGUAUGAAUGAGAUCCCAUCUUGUGUUAUUCUAUUUCUGUUGCAUUCUGGGUUAGAAGAAAAUAUCACGAUUGGUAGGUCUGAACAUCUGAGCGGAAUCAUCAAAGAGUAGUUUUGGUAUUGGUGAAAGAAAUCAGCCAAUAAGAUUUAGUUCUUUCAAUGCAUCCUGCAGCUUGAGAAGUGGGAUUUGUCGUUUCAGGCAGGGAUUUGAAUAGUGUGGGGUUGGCAGUUGGCACGGCAAAACCAUAUCAAAAUUUGCGUUGGGUUGUCCUUUGAAUUCUGGUACAGAGCAGAAAGUUUUAACAUCGAUUGAAACUCAUACCUUCAAAUCAACGAAAAAGGCCCACUCGAUUGCUAAGUUGAAGACUUUAGUCUUCUUUACUGGUGUUGAUUACUGAUCUACUAGUACUGUUGAGUUUACUGUGAAAGAAAAUGGUUGGUAGCAUUGAGGAAAUGGGUCGUAAUUACUCAAAUGGGUCUAUUCAGAACUGUAAUGGUUUGGAAGAGAAGCUUGACGAGUUCCGUUGCCUUCUUGGCAAGGCUGAUGGUGAUCCUCUGAGGAUUGUUGGUGUUGGGGCAGGUGCUUGGGGAAGCGUUUUUGCAGCUUUGCUGCAAGAUAAUUACGGACAAUAUAGAGAGAAGGUCCAAAUCAGAAUAUGGAGAAGGCCCGGAAGAGCUGUCGAUAGAACCACGGCUGAACAUCUUUUUGAAGUUAUCAAUUCGAGGGAGGAUGUGUUGAGGAGGUUAAUUCGGCGCUGUGCGUACUUGAAGUAUGUUGAGGCCAGACUAGGUGACCGGACUCUAUAUGCAGAUGAGAUUCUGAAAGAUGGCUUUUGCUUGAACAUGAUUAAUACACCCCUUUGUCCUUUGAAGGUUGUGACUAAUUUGCAGGAGGCUGUUUGGGAUGCCGAUAUUGUGGUCAAUGGCUUGCCUUCCACAGAAACUCGUGAGGUGUUUGAAGAGAUCAGUCAUUAUUGGAAAGAGAGAAUCACAGUUCCUAUCAUCAUCUCUUUGGCAAAGGGCAUUGAGGCUGCAUUGGAUCCUGUUCCCCAUAUAAUAACUCCCACACAAAUGAUUAACCGAGCAACUGGAGUACCUAUGGAGAAAAUACUUUAUCUUGGCGGACCAAAUAUUGCAUCAGAAAUUUACAACAAGGAAUAUGCUAAUGCUCGAAUUUGUGGAGCUGAGAAAUGGAGGAAACCUCUUGCAAAAUUUUUGAGACAACCUCAUUUUAUUGUCUGGGACAACAGUGACCUUGUCACACAUGAAGUCAUGGGUGGCCUGAAGAAUGUCUAUGCUAUUGGAGCUGGGAUGGUAGCAGCGCUUACCAAUGAGAGUGCUACUAGCAAAUCUGUAUAUUUUGCACAUUGUACAUCGGAGAUGAUAUUCAUUACCCAUUUGUUGGCUGAAGAACCAGAGAAGCUUGCAGGGCCUUUGCUGGCUGAUACUUAUGUAACCUUGUUAAAAGGUCGCAACGCAUGGUAUGGCCAAAUGUUAGCCAAGGGUGAGCUUAGCCUGGAUAUGGGUGAUAGCAUCAGUGGCAAAGGAAUGAUUCAGGUACUUGGGGGAUUUGCCCAUUGCUAUGGUCAUGCUACCAACACCAUUGCUGAGUGUCGUGCCUUCCAAAUGGUUUAUGUCUUUGUCAGCAGCUGGGGUUGAGGGAUUUAGUGGUUGAGUCGGAUUCUAGUGUUGUGAUUGGUUGGUUUAUUUCAGGGUUUUGUAAUAAUUGGUAUUUAUGGGAUUUUUGGGAGGAAGCUCAGUCUAUUAUUUCUACUCUUAACAUUCAGUUUGCACGUCUUUAGGGAAGCAAAUAUGGUGGCAGAUUUUUUGGCAAAAUAUGGUGCAAAUGGAAGGAAUUGGGAUUUCUUGGGUGAGGAGUGCGGGUUGGGGCAACUUAGGGGACUUGUUGAACGGAUAGGUUGGGUAUUCCUUAUGUUAGACAUUAAGUUAUGUUGGGGCUUUGAUGGGGAUUUUUUGAUGUAAUUAUGUUUGUUCCUCCACUGGAGUGAGGGUUUUUUUAUUAAUAAAUGGAGGUGCUGUCCUCCUUUUUGAGAAAAAAAAAAAAAUGUCAAUGUGUACUCUCCCCACGGGCUGGUUAUCUACCAUGCCCACCAGAAUUUUUUUUUUUUUCCCCCUGUACAGUCACCAAAACAGCAACCCUGGUAUGUCUCACUCCAUUUUUUGUAGCGAGGCAAUGAAACUGACGUGUCCUUAAAGUUUCUUUUGAAGGAACCAUUGAUAUAACUUUAUAACAAUGUUCUUGCAUUAUUUCUACAUUGUCAUGCCAAGGCAAAUUAUUAACAUUCUGGACCUUUUGAAGGACCUUGCUUCUCCACAAAUGUAGGACAUUUCCCACUAUAUGCAUCCACAAUGGAAAUCAUAAAGCAAAGAAAUUUCUUUAUUACAUUCAUCUGUAUCAUCAUCCAUUCUAGCUAGGUGAAGUGCAAGAAAUACCACCUAUGAUCAGAGACUGGUGGCUUGCUUUCUACUUGGUAAAACAUAAACUCUCAGAAACAGAUGGGAGUAUGAAAUUGCAGAAGAGACAUUGUUUAUUAUUAUUGAGAUGUAUCGAUUAUAGCAAAUUAAAGCAAAAUAUUAUGAGUUUUUUUAAGACCUAUGCCAUAGAUUCUGUUGGCCUCGGCUGCAUCAGUUGGACAAUGGUUCUGGAUUUUGACUAGAAAAAACUUUUUUCCCUUUUCAAAUUCAUAAUUAUUAACAUUUUCCUUUCCUUUUUAUUUUUUGUUUUUCUUGCAUCUUAAGACACAAUAAUUCCCAAUCUGCCCUAUUAUGUUCCAGGGUGUCUCUGCGGUGGAAGCCUUUUAUGAGCUUCUGAGUCAGUCUAGCCUAAAUGUGCUGCAUCCUGAA